GAGCCGUUCUGCCUGUCCGCUGAUAGCCCUGCUCGCGCAAUGGCCGUGAUCCUUGUGCAGUCAGUAGGCAGUCAGCAGAAGAGCGCGCUGCCGGUGACUUUGGAGUCCUUGGGGGAUCCCUGUGUGGCGCGGGUGGAGGCUCUCAAGGAGCACGUGAGUCGACACACGCGGAUCUCGAAGGUGAAGCAGCGGAUGGAGUACAAGGGCCGGGUGCUGAAGGAUGACAUGACCAUCAAGGAUGCGGGGCUCUCCCAAGGAGGCCGCAUCUUCAUGGAGGCGCUCUGCACGGGAGGGCCUGGGUGGUUUUGGCACUGACUCGAAAGCGGGCCAGUGGCAUACUCCGCUGAUGUGCCAAAGGAAUGGGCCCGUUUAAACGGGGCUUCAAAGGGGAGCCAAAGAAACAC